UUUACAAGUGCAUUAAGUUCACAGACAUUGUAAUAAAAGUAAAAGAUGAUGUCAUUGUUUAUUAGUUUUUUAUCUGUUUCUAGAGAUUUUUACACAUUACUUUAUUUUCUUUUACAACCUUAAAGCUAAAUAAGAAACAGUUUUAAACUUAUUUUUAUUYAUCCUGGUAAGAGUCUGAUUAUUAGGUGUAAAAACACUGCUCUUAUAAAUUUACCGUUUUUUUUUCUCCCAAUAACUUCCUCUAAGGGCCGCUGUUGGUCUUUACAGCAAAUAUACUGCUUAUAAAAUGUAACUACACCUCCUUUUCUCCUGUCUUUGUACCACGGAUGGCAGGACGUUCGCUCUUUCUUUCCAUCUGUGAUUUCCGCACGGAUCUAUUUGUUGUAGCGCGGAGGAUUAUUUACACAUCAACAAGGGGAAGCCUUGAAUAACAUUUGAACGGUGUUCGGAUUUUUUUUUUUUCUUCAAAUGGACUGAUUGUUUCGGUAAUAUGUCAUACAACGGCAGGAAGCGCACGGUAUGGCAAGUACAGGCCUGUAUUCUUGCUUUUCUUAUCGAGGCCACGCAUUCUCAGAUCCGCUACUCUGUCCCGGAGGAAAUGAGAAAGAGCUCCUUUGUGGGAAAUAUAGCUGAGGACCUGGGUGUCAACUCCAAAAGAUUGAAAGCAGGCGGUGCACGUAUCGUUAGUGGCGACAGCAGCGAGUAUAUCAGGUUGGAUUUAGACAAAGGGAUCCUGGUGGUGGGAGAGAGAAUAGACAGGGAGCAGCUCUGCGGGCAGACGUCGCCCUGCAGCUUGAAUUUUGAGGUGAUUAUGAGCAACCCAAUGCAUCUGCACAGCGUUGUAGUGGAAGUCCUUGAUGUUAAUGAUAACGCGCCCUUUUUUCACGAGAAAGAAAUGCACAUAGAAGUURUYGAAUCAGCUCUUCCAGGAACAGAAAUACUGCAGGUGAGCGCAACAGAUUUAGACGUCGGCAUCAAUGCUUUGCGCGGGUAUACCUUACAUCCAACCACGCAGUUUAACAUUAAGGUUCUGUCCAGCCCGAAUGGUCAUAAAUACGCGCAGCUGUUUCUGUCUGGCGCUUUAGACAGAGAGAAAGAGGAGAAGCUGCUCCUCACGCUCACUGCUGUGGACGGGGGUGAACCGCAGCGAUCGGGGAUUCUAAAAGUACACGUCACCGUCAGGGACACGAACGACAACGCCCCCGUUUUUACGCAACCGAUUUUUAAGGCCCUUGUGAAAGAAAACGUUCCAAAAGGAGUGUUAGUGGUGAGCUUGAGCGCGUCAGAUGCGGAUGAAGGGAUGAACGGACGCGUGACGUAUCACUUUAAUCGCAUGUCCAGUGAAGCUGCAAAGCUUUUCAAUUUGGAUGAAAAUAGCGGCGACUUAACUGUGAACGGUUUGAUUGAUUAUGAAGAACACAAAAUAUAUGAAAUAGGCGUGCUGGCAAAAGAUCAAGGUGGACAAAGCACGUCGACAAAUGUAAUAAUUGAMGUCAUAGAUAUAAAUGACAACGCGCCUUUAAUAACACUGACCUCGUUUUCUAAUGCUGUAGCAGAGGAUUCCCCCAWAGGAACAACUAUAGCGAUCAUAAAUGUAAAAGAUUUAGAUUCGGGUAAAAAUGGAAAACUUGACUGUUCUGUUAACGCUAAUAUACCAUUCACAAUCCAGUCUUCUCUGAAAAACUAUUACACUCUGGUAACAAAUGGUGUCCUGGACCGGGAGCGUCACCCCGAAUAUAAUAUUACUAUCACGGCUGUGGAUGAAGGCAGUCCAUCCCUCUCCACAAACAAAACAAUAAAUCUGAAAAUAUCAGACGUGAAUGAUAACGCUCCAGUUUUUGAAAGGAGUGUUUAUGAAGCUCAUAUCAUGGAGAAUAAUAACCCUGGUUUAUCUGUGUUUUCUGUAAGUGCGCAUGACGCAGAUUCCGGGCAAAAUGCACGCGUUUCAUAUCUACUUAUUGACGCUGACAUGAACGGCAGCCCAAUUUCCUCUUACAUAUCUGUAAAUGCAGAGAGUGGUGUGAUACAAGCAGUUCGAUCAUUUGACUUUGAGCAAAUUAAAAAUAUACACAUCAAUUUAAGAGGACAGGAUGGAGGCUCGCCACCCUUAAGCAGCAACGUUACUGUUAAAUUAAAUAUCCAGGAUCAGAACGAUAACCCCCCUCAGGUUCUGUACCCGAUCCAGACCGGUGGCUCUGUGGUGGCUGAGAUGGUGCCUCGUUCAGUAGAUGUAACAUAG